AUUCACGCACACGAGUUCAAAGCGUCGCGACCGUUACCUGUGUAGUUAAAACCGGCGUUGACGGCGUGCUUCACAGUAGUAAGAAGAUACCGGCUAUUUUAGGCGCCAGUGCAGUUUUCGCGAGCUCUAAAACUUACCAGAAUAAUCCCAUAAAUAUAUCAGCAAAAUGGCAGAUUUAAAACGUGUUGGCAACAAUGGCAACGUUGACUGUCGGGCGGCUAAAUGCAUUAAAUUAGACCCAGAGAAGGAGAAUGAAAAGAAGACAAAAUUAGGUAAACAAGAAUCAAACGAUGUUCAGAUAAAGAAGGAACAUAUUAAGGAUAAAAUAAAGGAAACAAACUCAUCUUUUAAAGAGAAUAUUAAGCCUGAAGCCAUAGCCGGUAUACGUAAUGUUUGUUCCAGCACACCUCAACAGCCAUUGCGAGAAGCUAACACAAAACGACAGCGUAUGAAUAUUGCGACCAAUACGGAUUUUACAUCAGAUAAUGUCGAAGGAUGCGCGCAGUAUUUCAGCUUCUAAUCUGCGCAAGUCGUGCAAAUGCAUGAAAAGAGGGUAAUCAUGUUAAAUGACUACCUUAAGGCAAGUCGCCAGUUCACUAAAUUCGCUAAAUUGCGAACACACUGCGAGCAACUCAGGAGCUAAAUAGUUAGCUUUUACAAACGACGAUUAAUUGUUUGUUACAGGAAUUAACAAAAAUGUGAUUUACAUGAACUUAGAACUAUAAUGUUCAUCAACAACAAAGAAAAAAACGACAAUUAAUCGUUUGUUAUAGGGAUUAACAAAUAUGUGAUUUACACGAACUUAGAACUAUAAUGUUCAUCAAAAACAAUAUCAAUUAAGAUGAACUCAAAUUCCAAGUGAUCUCAAAUAGAUCUUUGAUCUUUAAUGAACUAUUCAUUCUAUUCGUUCGUAUUUCGUUUAAUUUUUUAAAAGACUUUACCAUCAAAGUACAAAAUAUCAAAUAGUUGAUAGUUUUAUACAUGUUUACGAAGAGAUCGAAUAAAGGUGUUUUCAUCUUAUAUGUUUCGUGUUUUAUUCGGUAAGGCUGAUUAUAUCAGUUUGUAGUGCUUAAAUUGAAUUAAUCGUAGAAACUGAAUGUUUUUGAAAAUUAUCUACCACUGAUUAGAAAUAAGAAUCAACUCGACAAUGUGCAGGUUGAUACCAAGUUGCAGUUGCUCUUGCGGUAAGAAGGAUAGUUGAAACGAACGAACUGAUGCUAAACUGAUACCCAUUACCAAUUAAGUUGAAAAAUUUCUGGAUAUCUUCCUCUGUCUAUUAUUAGGAGUAUGGCCAUCGGUUCACCGGCGCAAUGUGAGAAAAAAAAAACAAAAUAAUCAGAAAGAGAAAUGAUGAGUUCGCAUUCACUCUUACCGUUGCCUGGGUACAAAUCUCUCUAUAACGCUCUCACGGUGAGAACUGUUAUUCUCACGCUCAACGCCACAGGUGUGAGAACGAGGAAAUAGAGCCUGGGAACGAAGCAUGGCAUAUGAAUGAAUUGUAAAUCCAUAUUUUCCCUUACGCAAAAUAGUAAGCAAAAUUAGUAAUAAUUAAGAUUAGUUUCAAGUUAUUAACAUGUUCUUUAAAAUCCUGCAAAUCACAAAAUAUAAACAGAAAUCAAAAAAAAGAAAACAAAUUUUGAAAUAGAAGCCGUUGCUAGGAGAGAUGCUUCACGAUACUUUGCCAAACAAACUCUACUCACAACAAAUAAACGUCAUUCUGCUGCUGCAGAUCUUUGUUUACGCCACUGUUCCAGUAAUCCCAAUUUCUCUGAUAGUUUAUCAGUAAAGUGUGCAAAUCCUUCCUCAAUUGCGCCGUGCCUAUUGAAUAAUCGUUUCUGGCAUUGUGAAAACGAUGCGCGCCAUUCCUAAAUGGGUUGAGAAAAUCCACGAUUCCAGCGAGAAGAGCGACGUCGCUAGUAUCCAUUCGAUAUGCUAUCACCCGGAAGGCCUUCAACUGGUGGUCGGUGCAGGAGAUAAAGUGCUGGUGUACGAUCCGAUCGAUGGCAAUCUGAUCAAUUCGCUCAAGGGACACAAGGACACGGUUUACUGUGUGGCGUACGCAAAGGAUGGCAAAAAGUUUGCGUCGGGAAGUGCGGACAAAACGGUGAUCAUAUGGACACAGAAGCUGGAAGGAUUGUUAAAAUAUUCGCACAAUGAUUCGAUUCAAUGUUUAGCGUUCAACCCAAUCUCGCAUCAACUGGCCUCGUGUGCGGUGUCGGACUUUUCAUUCUGGUCAUCCGAGCAGAAAGCGGUCCAAAAGUACAAAUCGGUCGCGCGCAUUAACGCGUGCGCGUGGACGAACGAUGGACAGUACAUUGCGCUCGGGCUGGCAAAUGGAACGAUCUCGAUACGCAACAAGGCUGGCGAGGAGAAGAUUAAGAUCGAUCGUCCGGGCGGUACGAACAGUCCGGUCUUCGGACUGGCCUGGAACCCACCGGCAACGUCUGGAUCGUCGGACAUCCUUUGUGUGAUCGAUUGGGCCCAGACGUUGUCGUUCUACUCGCUCGGUGGUCAGAUGAUUGGGAAGGAGCGAAACUUUGGCUUUGAUCCGUUGUGUUUAACGUUCUUCCCGAACGGAGAGUUUCUGAUCGUUGCUGGUUGUAAUAAGGCACUGCAACUGUUCACGCGCGAUGGCAUACGUUUGGGGCUGCUCGGGGAGCAACACGAUUCCUGGAUUUGGAGCGCAGCGGUACAUCCCGCGGGAAACUGCGUGGUUGUCGGCUGUCAGGACGGAACAUUGGGGUGCUACACACUAGCGUUCAACACGGUUCACGCACUGUACCGCGAACGAUACGCUUUCCGAGAGAACAUGUGCGAUGUGAUCAUUCAGCAUCUCGUAUCGGGACAGAAGGUUCGCAUCAAGUGCCGUGAUCUGGUGCACAAGAUCGCGAUCUACCGAAACCGGCUAGCCGUGCAGCUACCGGAACGGGUUGUACUGUACGAGUUAAGCUCGGCCGAAAAUCAACCGAUGCACUACAAGGUGAAGGAAAAGAUUGCGAAAAAGUUUGACUGCAGUUUGCUGGUGGUUUGUGCUCAACAUCUGGUGCUGUGCCAGGAGAAGAAACUGCAAAGCCUCGAUUUCAACGGUGUGAUGCAGCGUGAAUGGAUGAUGGAUAGCUUUAUACGGUACAUCAAGGUUACUGGUGGUCCAGCAGGCCGGGAGGGGCUUCUGUUGGGAUUAAAAAGUGGUCAGGUUUGGAGGAUCUUUCUCGACAAUUCACUGCCAAUCCUAGUCACAACAGUGCUGUCAUCGGUGCGUUGUCUGGAUUUGAAUGCUUCGCGCACUAAGCUUGCCGUGGUGGAUGACCUCGGAAGGUUGGUGGUACGUGAUCUUAUCGCCGACACGAUGCUGUAUCAGGACUCGAGCGUGAAUUCGGUCGCCUGGAACACACACCUCGAGUCGAUGCUGUGCUACUCACACACAACCGGUGGAUUAAGUGUACGCGUCGGAUCACUGCCUCCGCGAAGCCCACAAACGAUGCUUGGCGUUGUGGUGGGUUUGUGUGGAGCGACUGCCUUUUGUCUGCGUGGAAACGUUAUGAGCAAUGUGCCGCUGGCACUCGGCGCUACUAUGUGGCAGUUUGUCGAGGCGGGUUUAUUUGAGGAUGCUUAUCAGGUGGCGUGCUUGGGAGUGCCGCUGUCCGACUGGGAAGGACUUGCGCAAGCCGCGCUGGAUUCGUUAAACUAUCAGGUGGCGCGUGACGCUUAUGUGAAGGUGCGAAACUUGCCCUGGCUCGAGCUGAUCGGUGAUUUGAAGGAACGUCAGAAACGUGGCGAAACUUCCAAAGAAGUUCUACUAGCGGAAACGUAUGCUUUCGCCGGAAAAUACAAAGAUGCGGCCCGAUUGUAUCAGAAAUCCGGCAACAACAGUAAAGCCCUUGCGAUGUACAGCGAUUUACGGAUGUUCGAUCUUGCACAAGAGUUCCUUAAGGAAGGAAGUGCCGCCGAUCGCAAGGAGCUGAUUCGUCGACGAGCUGAGUGGGCCUGCUCCGUACAUGAACCACGUGCCGCGGCAGAGCUUUUACUAUCCGCCGGAGAACCGGAACGUGCGAUCGAAAUCGUAGCCGAGCAGGGUUGGGCCGAUGUUCUGCUGGAUAUCGGUCGACGAUUGGCAGCAUCGGAAAAAGCACCGCUUGAGCUGAUCGCGAGCCAUUUACGGCGCUUGAAAGCACUUCCGCUUGCGGCGGAAAUUUAUCGUAAACUCGGUGAAGAAGAACAAGUCGUACAGUUGCAUGUGGAGGCGAGAGAUUGGCCGGAAGCGUUCCGUUUGGCCGAACAUCUGCCAAAAGUUUUACCUUCGAUCCAUUUCCAGCAUGCCCAAUGGCUUGCCGAAUCGGACCAAUUCAUAUCGGCGCAUGAAGCUUACAUCCUAGCGGGAAAACCACACGAAGCAACGAAAUUGCUACGGAACCUGGUAGAAUGUGCCGUUUCCGAGGAACGCUAUCUGGAUGCGGGUUACUACACGUGGUUAAGAGCAAAGCAGGCGCUUAAGUUGCUCGAUGACGCAAAACAGAUGCUAGAUGCGAACGAUGCUGCGGUGGUAGACUAUCGAUCGUUGCUGAAGCUGUCGUCGAUCUACUAUGCUUACAAUACGAUCAACUCUUACCUGAAGGAACCAUUCACGAGUAGCCCGCCACUAACGUUGUUUAAUACGAGUCGCUUUGUGGUGAAUCAGAUCAACGGAGCAAUACCCCCGAAGGGUAUCAGUUUAUUCGCUGUUUACUAUACGCUUUCGAAGCAAGCGAAGGUUCUUGGCGCAAACAAGCUGCAUCUGCAGAUCAACAAUAAGCUACAAUCGUUGAAGAUUCCUGCCGGUAUACAGGAGCAGGUGGACAUAAGCUACAUAAGCAGUCGUGCUUGUCCCGGUGGCUUUAACGAUCCGGAAGAACUAUUACCGAUGUGCUACAAGUGUUCGAACUACAGUCCCCAUUUGCACGGCAAUCGGUGUCCCAACUGUCACCAGGAAUACGUCUUUUCGUACGUUUCGUUUGAAAUUUUACCGCUCGCAGAGUUUGCACCGGAAGCAGGCAUUAGCGAACUCGAUGCGGAACGUUUACUGUUGGCUCCGCCGAAAAGUUCAGCCUACGAUCAACAAGAUCAAUUUAUUCAGGAGGAUAUUAUUGAUACGUAUCCAUCAACACUCGAUCGUGAUGCGCUGCGUGCGAUCGACCCAAGAGAAGUGAUCAUUGUACGCGGUCCUGCACCAUUAGCGACACGAUACUAUCGAAAUUUACUGCCCGAGCUGCAAAUCACCGUCUGUUCGGAAUGUAAUCAGGUAUUUCAUUCGGAAGACUUUGAGCUACAGUUUUUGCAAAAGGGUCACUGUCCGUUCUGCCGUUCCACGGACGAAAGUCUCAUGAAUUAAGGGUACAAAAUUUUUAUGUAUUACGAUUAUGAUCUCGAAUGUUUGAAAACUAUUCCGUCCAUUGGAAGCCUUCAGAAGCUUGUAAUUUAAGUAUUUAAUAUACACACGUACUAAUUGCUGGAUACUCAAUAUGCGUAAGUAAUGCACACUACUACUAUGUGUGAAAACACGUUUCAUUCACUUUCUGUAAUAUCUGUUUUCAUGCCUAUGUUCUCCUGUAGUCGGAAUUAAGUUAAUAUAACUCUUUUCUUUUUAGCACUCGACAUAUUUUUAGUGAUGACUAGUAUAAUUAAAGUGGCAAUAAAAAGAUAAUUAUUUAAAAUAAAAAUUGUUAUACUAUUUAUUAUAUUACAAUAUUUUCUCUUUUAAAUAUAAUAUUUUUUUGCUUGGUUAAAAC